AUGACUGCCUCAGGUCCGUACUCAGUAGGAUUAACCGAGGUAGGUGAGAGUUUGAAGGCCAACCCUAACGAAGGUGGAACAGGAAGGAUGCAGAGUGGCUCCAAACCGUGCAGAAAAGAGAAGAGAGAGGAGACGAACAACACAACCACACGAGAAACCGUGGGAAGCGAGCGCUUAUACUCGCUACAGUCAGGAGAAGCGCGAGCUCUAUAG